AAUAAUUUAUUUGAAACAACUGAGUCUAGAUAUGUACUUCGAAAAUGAAUCCCAAGUCCCAAGUCCCAAGUGUGAUCUCACAUACUCUUCUACCUCAUUCUCUCUGCAAUCACCCUGUUAUUACUUCACUCUUCCCUUUUACCCAUCUUAGCUUUUGGUCUUAUUCCUCGGGUAAUGGGUAAUGGGUAAUGGGUAAUGGUUCACCUUUUUUAACUGUCCCCGGUAAAAAAAGAAAAGGGGGGGUGCUUUCUCUCCAACACCUCUCAUUUUCACUUUCUACCACCACAACCAGUACACUACAAGUUCACUACUUCAACUUGAGCUUCCAAUUCUCCUAAUAUUUUUUUCUCUUGGCAACCCCCUCUUCCUCUUUCUUAAAAAAGUCGGGGGUUUUUCCCUUUAUUCCAGACAGACUAUAUCUUCAUCUUGGAGCUCCCUAAUCCCUAUCAUAUCUUCUACUACAACAAUUAAUUGAGAAAAUGCUUCCGUUUCAAAGCUACUAUGAACCUGUUCAGCGGAUGAAGUUGAAGUUGGAGGAUGGGGAUUCAGGAACAAAGGUGGAGGGAAAAUCGACGGCUGCAUGCAACAGCCACAGCGAGGCUGAGAGGAGGCGCAGACAGCGAAUUAACGCUCACCUCUCCACUCUCCGCACUCUCCUCCCUAACACCACCAAAACAGACAAGGCGUCGUUGCUGGCAGAGGUGGUUCGGCACGUGACGGAGCUCAGGAAGCGCGCUGCUGAUGUGGCGGAGCAGAACGGAGACGGAUGCUGCAGCGGCGGUGGAUCGGAGUCGUGGACGUUUCCUGGAGAGACGGACGAGGUGACUUUGGGGUACUACGAGGGAGAUGAGAGGCUGAUAAAGGCGACGUUGUGCUGCGAGGAUAGACCGAGUUUGAACCGGGAUCUGACGCAGGCAAUUGGCUCGGUGAGGGCACGGGUGGUGCGGGCUGAGAUGGCGACGGUGGGAGGGCGGACGAAGAGCGUGGUGGUGAUGCAGUGGGGUGGUGGUGGGGAGGCUGAACUUGGGAAUUUGAGAAGGGCAUUGAAAGCUGUGGUGGAAAAUCGGGCUUCGGGUUUUGGGUCCACCGGGGUGUUCCCACUUCACAAGCGCCCUCGUUUCUCUACUUCAAACGCUUCUUCUUAACCCUUGAUCAAAUACCAGUGUUUGAUUUAGAUUUUUGAAUUUUUCCUUUUUGUAUUUUGUUUCUAAAUUCUAAUACACACAACUGUACAACAACGUUAGCUA